CUAUUAGGUAACUACUUUAAGUGGUAAAAGUUUUGUGACACGAAGGUGUGUUGUAUACAAUCGCGAUCAGAAUGCUGUGAUCGUCAAUUCGCGUACGGUCUACGUUCAUAAAAAUAAAAACGUAUUUUCUGACCUUGUUGGUCUUCAUCAUCAAACCAAGGCCACUGCAAAAAAAGAAAAACAGAAUCGCAUCGGAAUUUUUUGAGGCCGGAUAUUCCGACCUAGCUUUAACGUCAACGAAUGUUUACAUUCCCGAGAUUCGUUUCUCGUUAACGCGUAGCUCGAGUAAUAGCAGAAAUUAUUGCAAACAAAUGCGAUAAUGGGUAAUGCAGGAAGUAAUCAGCCUGUUAGCCACCAUCACGGCACAACUAUAAGUAGAGAACAUCGACAUAGCAAGGAUCAUCCACCAGCGUCUCCAGGGAAAGAAGGCCAAGCAUUUGUCUUUGAUAAAAAACCCAGCCAAAAGCUUGUAUUUCAGUCCUCUAAUGAAGAAGAAGAGUCAUAUUUUGCAAAAAGUGGUCAACAGGAUGGGGAAGAAUUUGGACAGCGACCGAGGUCUAAUACAGUGUCUGAAGGAACAAAAGUUGCGGAUAGUAAGGUAUUACCAACUGUUUUCAAAUGGGAAGGAGGAGGAAAACAAGUAUAUAUUAGCGGGACCUUUACUGGAUGGAAAACAUUACCGAUGGUGAAGAGUCAUGGUGAUUUUGUCACAAUAAUUGAUUUGCCAGAAGGAGAGCAUCAGUACAAAUUUUUCGUUGAUGGAGAAUGGAGGCAUGAUCCUGGACUAAAAAUCGUAGACAAUGGCAUGGGCUCUAAGAACAAUUUAGUUUCGGUAAGAAAAUCUGAUUUCGAGGUAUUUCAAGCUCUUGCAAAAGAUAGUGAAGGUGUUACUAGCAGCACUCAGACAGAAUAUGGACAAGAAAUACCACCGCAUAAACCUUGGGAGAAGAUAACUGGGCCACCUAUCUUGCCACCGCAUUUGUUGCAAGUUAUCCUUAACAAGGAUACACCAUUAUCCUGUGAGCCUACUCUUCUGCCUGAACCAAAUCAUGUUAUGUUGAAUCAUCUCUAUGCUUUAAGUAUCAAAGAUAGUGUAAUGGUUUUAUCUGCCACGCAUCGUUAUCGCAAAAAAUAUGUUACAACUUUGCUCUACAAACCAAUUUAAACGUUAAGUCAUUCCUGUAUUUUUUGGUGCUGUACAUUUUUUAACAAUCAUGAAAUAACACAGGUGCCCGAGUGACGCGAUAUUGGUAUGUAAAGCUUUUUACAAGUUCUUUCGAGGCAGGGUAGAAGAUAAUAAUAUCCCGGACAUAGUUGGUUCGUCACUAUGUUUAUUAUACCUCAGUCAUGUGUAUAAUAAUGUAAUUACUAUUUAUUAAAAUCAAAUAUUUUA